AUGUCAGAAGCAGCUACUUCUAUUGCAACCUCACACAGCACACCAUUGUGCACGCCUAAAACAACCACUACCGAGCUAAACCAAUCAAAACUCGAAACUACCCACAUUUUCAAAUCAAAAUUACCAGACAUACCCAUUCCCAACAAUCUCCCACUCCACACAUUCUGCUUCCAAAAGCUUUCCCAACACGCCGACCGGCCAUGCCUCAUUGCCGGCGACAGAACCUUCACCUACGCCGACACUCAUCUCGCAACUCGAAAGGUGGCCGCCGGCAUGUCCAAACUCGGCAUCAAAAAGGGUGACGUCGUCAUGAUUCUCCUCCCCAACUGCCCCGAGUUCGUGUUAUCAUUCAUGGCGGUGUCCAUGCUCGGCGCCGUCGUCACCACCGCCAAUCCAUUCUACACCGCCGCUGAACUCUCCAAGCAACUCGAUGCCUCCAAAGCCAAGCUCGUCGUGACUCGAUCCGUUUACGUGCAAAAGCUCAAGCUCGGGGAGGGUUACGAGGUGGUUACCGUGGACGAUCCGCCGGAGAACUGUUUGUCGUUCUGGACGGUUGGGGAAACGGAAGAUGGAGAGGUUCCGGAGGCGGAGAUUGCGGCGGAGGACCCGGUGGCGCUGCCUUUUUCGUCUGGGACGACGGGGCUGGCGAAGGGGGUGGUGCUGACGCACAAGAGCUUGGUGACGAGUGUAGCGCAGCAAGUGGAGGGAGAGAACCCGAACUUGUACAUGAAGGAAGAGGACGUUGUGCUCUGUGUUCUUCCUCUGUUUCACAUAUUCUCUAUGCACUGCGUGAUGAUGUGCGCUUUGAGAGCGGGAAGUGGGAUUUUGCUGAUAGAGAGGUUUGAGAUAAGGGGAUUGUUGGAAGCCAUAGAGAAGCACAAGGUUUCGGUGGCGAUGGUGGUGCCUCCCCUUGUUGUGGCUCUGGCUAAGAACCCUGCUGUUGGGGACUAUGACCUUAGCUCUAUUCGCUUGGUUAUGUCUGGUGCUGCACCCCUUGGCAAGGACCUUGAAGAUGCUCUCAGAACCAGGUUGCCUCAUGCAGUUCUUGGACAGGGGUAUGGGAUGACAGAAGCUGGGCCCGUGUUGGCUAUGAGUAUGGGCUUCGCAAAGCAGCCAAUCCCAACGAAGUCAGGGUCAUGCGGCACUGUGGUCAGAAAUGCAGAGUUGAAGAUCGUUGACCCAAAAAGUGGUUUUUCCCUUCCUCGUAACCACUCUGGCGAGAUUUGUAUCCGAGGCCAACAAAUCAUGAAAGGAUACCUGAAUGAUGAGAAGGCCACCGCCGCAACUAUUGAUGUUGAUGGUUGGCUUCAUUCGGGUGAUAUAGGCUACGUAGAUGACGAUGAUGAGAUUUUCAUCAUUGACCGAGUCAAGGAACUCAUCAAGUUCAAAGGCUUCCAGGUGCCGCCAGCAGAACUGGAAGGCCUUCUCAUGAGCCACCCUUCCAUUGCAGAUGCAGCUGUUGUCCCGCAAAAGGAUGAUGCUGCCGGUGAAGUUCCGGUUGCUUUCGUCGUGAGCUUUGAUCUUACAGAAGAGGCUGUGAAGGAUUUUAUAGCUAAACAGGUAGUGUUUUAUAAAAGACUACACAAAGUGUAUUUUGUUCAUGCAAUUCCAAAGUCUCCAUCCGGAAAGAUAUUAAGAAAAGAACUGAGAGCAAAGCUUGAGAGCAUCGUUCAGACAGCUUAG